GAACAAUGGAUUUCAAAAAAUGAUGGGUGGCGGAGGUGGUCAUCCUCACCCUGCUAUGGAUGGUGGAGGUAAUAAUGUGGGACCAAUGAGUAUGCCAAUGAACCAAAUGGGUGGUAACAUUCCUGCUGUUCAAGGUCUACCGGCUGGCGGAGGAUACUUUCAAGGUGGUGGUGGUCCAGGCGCGGAAAUGAUGUCGGGCAAUCCUUAUCAACAACAACAACAGCAACAUCAGCAGCAACAACAACAGCAACAAUUAAUGGCUGCUGCAAUGAUGAAUCAACAACGUGCUGCAAUGGUGGAAAAUGAUCAAAGAUUUCAGCAGCCAAUGAUGUACGCAAGGCCACCUCCUGCGGUGAAUUACAUAUAUCCUCCUUACCCUUAUCCUCCUCCAGAUCCUUACUCACAUGCUUUCAGUGAUGAGAACACUUCCAGUUGCAAUAUUAUGUGAUGUGAUUAAUCUAAACCAACAAUGGUCAUGGCGAUGGUGAUUGUUUAACUAUAGUAUCUACCCCUACCCUCUUUAAUUUUAUGCAAUAUAUUAUACCCAAUGAAACAUGAGUUUUUUAGUUCUGUUUUCAAUUUUCUUUGAUUUUGAUCCCCUUUUCAUCAAUAGGGGGGUUUCUAAUUACCAUAGAGGAGUAGUUUAUAGAAAUAUAAUUAUGAUAUUUACCAAGUUUAUUAUGUUCUUGGGUAGUACUAUUAUAUAAAAAAUAUGUUUACAUGUGUUUAUAUUUUGGGAAUAGUAAUAAACAAAUUUAAGAAGGAAA